AUGUUCCUCUCUCUCCUCCGCAGUGCGACCUCUCUCACUCACCUUCAUCAAAUCCACGCUCAAAUUCUCGUCCAUGGCCUCCCCCUGCAAAACCAGCUGCUCGCCAAGCUUGUUGACCUCAAUUUCAUUGACUAUGCUCGCUUUGUGUUUGACCAAACCCUUUCCCCGACUGAUUUCUCUUGGAACACCUUGAUCAGGAGCUACACACUCCAAGGUUCUCCGCUAGAGUCCUUGUUUCUCUAUCUCAAAAUGCGUCGAGAAGGCGUCAGACCCAGCAAUUUCACUUACCCAUUUGUCCUUAAGGCCUGUUCGACCCUUGUGUCGAUCGCUCUCGGUGAACAAAUACAUGCCCAUGUUUUUAGAUUAGGCUUUCGAUCCGAUCUCUUCGUGAACAAUUCAUUGGUUGAUAUGUAUUCGAAGUGUUCCCAUCUUGAUUAUGCACGGAAUGUGUGGGAUGAAAUGUUGGAGAGGGAUGAGGUUUCUUGGAAUUCGAUUAUUUCUGGGUAUGUCUACUGGGGAGAGGUUGAAAAGGCAAGGGAGUUGUUUGAAGAAAUGCCGCUCAGAAGGAAUGAGGUUUGUUGGACUGCAAUGAUAAAUGGGUAUGGGAAAGAAGGGAAUUUGGCGGAGAUGCUGGGCUUGUUUCGUGACAUGCUUGUCUCGGCUGAUGAAGCUGAACCCAACUCGGCAACAAUGGUCUGCCUUCUCUCUGCAUGUUCAAGUCUUGCUAAUUUUGAAGUUGGAAGAUGGAUUUCUACGUUCAUGGAUGUUAAUGCCAUUCCUCUGAACAUUUUCUUGUCUACUGCUCUUAUAGACAUGUACUCAAAAUGUGGAGAUGUGGAGAAGGCUCGAAGAAUCUUUGACCAAAUGUCUCGCAAGAAUUUGGCAUCUUGGAAUGCCAUUAUCACUGGGUAUGUGCAGCAUGGUUUAAUGGAAGAGGCAAUUCAAUUAUAUCAUUGCAUGCAAGCAGAGUUAGUGAAACCAGACGAGAUCACAAUGGUGAAUGUGUUGUCUGCUUGUGCUGGCUUAGGGGCGCUUAAACUUGGGCGAGAUAUUCAUCUCAAUUUGGAUAGAAAUGGUUUAGGCCCAAAUGUGUUUCUUGCCACUUCCCUUGUUGAGAUGUACUCAAAAUGUGGUAAAAUUGAUGAUGCUUGCUUGGUUUUUGUUAAGACGAAGGAAAAAGAUGUUCCCUUGUUCAAUGCCAUGAUACAAGGACUUGUUUACCAUGGCAAUGGAAAAGACUCGUUAGCCGUCUCAAAACAGAUGCUGAGGUUUGGGAUCCAACCCAAUGAGGUCACAUUUAUAGGAAUCUUAUCAGCUUGUAAUCACUCAAGAUUAGUUGAAGAGGGAAGACUUCAAUUUUCAAAUUUGAUUAACAAAUAUGGCUUGAGGCCUAAUAUUGAGCAUUAUGCUUGCAUGGUGGAUCUCCUUGGGCGAGCCGGACAUUUAGAUGAAGCAUACAAAUUAAUUCAAAACAUGGCUGUCCCACCUGAUUCAAUAAUUUGGGGUUCUUUGUUGAGUGCUUGCCAGAUCCAUCGAAAUCUUGAACUGGCAGAUAGAAUUGGAGAAAUUAUAACUGGCAUCACAAGAUCCUAA